CCGGGGUUUGAGACUCGAGCAAUUGUUGCCGCCGGUACUAAUUCUCAUUCUCAUUCUUCGCAAAACCCUAAUUCUUCUAAUUUCACUCUCACAUUCAUGGCAGAACUCAACAACAACCACGAACCUACAUUACCCUCCAAACGUAAGUCCGAACCUGAUCUCCCAGACCUCCCACCCAAAAUCCCCAAGCUACCUAUUCCCGACCUCAACCCAACCCUACAACCCAACCCUAAUGAAGACAAAGAUUUAUUAAACGACGACGAAGAACUCCAAAACGACGAUGACGAAGAGGAGGAGAAGGAGGACCGAAAGGGGAAGGGGAUUAUGCGUGACGACAAGGGCAAAGGGAAAAUGAUAGAAGAAGAGGGCGAUGAUUCCGACGACGACGACGAUGAUUCCGACGACGAUAGUGAUAGUGCCGACGACGGUUCCGAUGACGACGGAAGCGAUUUCUCCGACGACCCGCUGACGGAGGUCGAUUUGGACAACAUUCUCCCGUCCAGGACUCGGCGGCGGGCGUCGAGCGCCGGAGUGCGCAUUGCCGGCGACGCGGGGAAUGCUGCCGCCGCAGUCGGCGGCGGCGGCGGCGACGACGAUGAUAGCGACGAUAGUGAUGCUUGAGUUUCGCGAAAGGUUAGUGAGGGUUUUGGAGAACGUAGAAAUAGUUGCCUGCUCUGUUGGAUUAGUUCUGUUGCGACUAUGACGAGUGUUCUUUGUUUUCUUUGAGCGCAAUGCGGUUUUUGUUGUUCUAAGAUACUGCUCAGAUUAGAUUGUGCAAGUGCAAGAUAUAGUCUUUGUUUUUCUUUUUAAUUUUCUUGUGCCUGGUAGGUUGGUAGGUAGUGUAUGGUUAGAGAUGUUUUGAGGUAAUUGAAAUGAAAAACUAAUCUUAGAGUGCAAUUUAUGGCCCAUUUGGGUUUUCUGUCCAAGUUUUGGUGGAUUUGCUGAAGGACUGAAUUUGCUUGAUUCUGUGAAUGGUAAAAGGCUUGAAAUGAAGAUGGCUUGCCACCUUUAA